GGCGCGCCGCGGGCAGCCCCGCGGGGGCCUUUCUGCCUCCGGACGCCGGGGUCCUGACUCGUGUCUCCCGCGGAGCCCGGGAACAUGGCGGCCGCCUCCGUCGCGGCCGCGGGUGCGUCCUUGCUGCGGGCGGGCGCUGAGCGGCUGCUGCAAGGAGGCGUCCGGGCGCUACUCCGGCCGCGACUCGAAGGGGCCGCCCCCGGCCUGGAGCGCGGCUUCAGCCUCUCUCGAAGUUGGGGCACGGUCAUCGUGGAGCGCUGGUGGAAGGUGCCGCUGGCCGGGGAGGGCCGGAAGCCGCGCCUGCACCGUCGACACCGCGUCUAUAAGCUCGUGGAGGACACGAAACACCGGCCCAAAGAAAACCUGGAGCUCAUCCUCACGCAGUCUGUGGAGGAACUUGGAGUCCGAGGUGACCUGGUCUCAGUGAAAAAAUCUGUGGGUCGUAAUCAACUCCUUCCUCAGGGACUGGCUGUAUACGCAUCCCCUGAAAACAGGAAGCUGUUUGAAGAGGAGAAAUUGCUGAGACAAGAAGGAAAAUUAGAGAGGCUCCAGACCAAGGCAGGUGAGGCGACAGUGAAAUUUCUGAGAAGCUGUCGCCUGGAGGUAGGCAUGAAAAACAAUGUCAAAUGGGAGCUGAACCCUGAAAUAGUUGCCCGCCACUUCUUCAAGAAUCUUGGUGUUGUGGUUGCCCCACAUGCCUUAAAGUUACCAGAAGAGCCUAUCACCCGGUGGGGCGAGUACUGGUGUGAGGUGACAGUAAAUGGGCUUGACACUGUGAGAGUGCCGAUGUCUGUGGUGAACUUUGAGCGGCCCAAGACAAAAAGAUAUAAGUACUGGUUAGCUCAGCAAACUGCCAAGGGCAUGGCCCCCAUUACCUCCCAGACAAGAUAAACCUACUCUCCCUCCAAAGAAGCAAAGCAUAAUCAGAAGAAGAGUCGAACAAAAAUGGGCCAGCACCCUGAUCUCACUUGUUGCUCUGACCAAAUGUGGAAUGCUAGAGGACAUGUGGAGACAUCAGACUGAACUGCAUAUACAGGGUGAAUUCUCCAUAUCUGCCAUCUUUGUCUUUAACUGUCAUCACAUCCAGCCUUAUCCUGCUCAAGAAGUACCAAGCCAUAGAUUUGAUAAGCUGGAUACAGUGGACUGAAACAGUCCUUGGAACAAGCAGAAGAGCUAGCCAUUGUCUCCGAUAUUUGGCUCAUACUGAUCAUCCAAAUGGAACAUUUGUAUCUCAAGCAGAAAUAAAGAGAUUGUGUUCCUUCUA